CAAAUUUCUGCUCCGUGGUUGGUUUACGUGGAAGGGUAACGUUAGGGAAGGGAAGGGAAGUGAGGGGGCGGAGCUUUUGAGAUUCAAUCCAAGGUUAAACUCAAACGCUCACUGUCAAGGUUCCGAUCUCUGCUUUCUUCGUUGCUCCAUCCUCUCCCUCUUUCUCUGUUCUCCUCGCAGCGUUGGCAAGGUCACCAUCGCUCUUGCACCUGCAAGCACCGCAACAGAGUCAGCUGUUCCAGCAUUCCCGGGUGGCCUGUGAGUUUUGGGUGUUGCAAUGGCCAUGGCAGCGGCUCCCUCCCUCCCGCACUUCCAUGGCCUUCGCUCCACUGAGUUUCAAGCUCAGUACCCUGCACCGCCUACAGCUUCUCCACAUGGGAAAGCGGGAGCCUUCCGAGUGCGAUGCGCGGCGUCAGUUUCCAGUGCCCCGAAGCGAGAAACGGAUCCAAAGAAGAGGGUGGUGAUUACUGGAAUGGGACUUGUGUCAGUCUUCGGGAACGACGUCGAUACAUUCUACGACAAGCUUCUGGAGGGGACCAGUGGUAUUGACAUUAUUGACAGGUUUGAUACCUCGAAAUUUCCUACGAAAUUUGCCGGACAGAUUCGGGGAUUCAGUGCAAAGGGAUACAUCGACGGGAAGAACGAUCGCCGCCUCGAUGAUAGUCUCCGGUAUUGCCUAGUCAGUGGCAAACGAGCGCUUGAAGAUGCUGGGCUCGGUGGGGAAAACCUGAACCAGGUUGACAAGCAAAAGGUCGGUGUUCUCGUCGGAACUGGCAUGGGUGGGCUCACUGUGUUCUCUGAUGGAGUUCAAGCUUUGGUAGAGAAGGGUCACAAGAGAAUUACACCGUUUUUUAUCCCGUACGCGAUUACGAACAUGGGCUCUGCCCUUCUUGCCAUCGAUCUUGGUUUAAUGGGUCCCAACUAUUCGAUCUCAACAGCUUGUGCCACUUCCAACUACUGUUUCUACGCCGCCGCCAAUCACAUUCGGAGAGGAGAGGCUGAUAUCAUGAUCGCUGGAGGCACAGAGGCAGCCAUUCUUCCAAUCGGGUUAGGUGGUUUCGUAGCUUGCAGGGCUUUGUCUACGAGAAAUGACAGUCCACAAACUGCCUCCAGACCUUGGGACAAGGAUCGUGAAGGUUUCGUGAUGGGCGAGGGUGCUGGUGUGCUGGUUAUGGAAAGUCUAGAGCACGCAUUGAAACGAGGUGCACCAAUUGUGGCCGAAUAUUUGGGAGGUGCAGUUACCUGUGAUGCAUAUCAUAUGACGGAUCCUCGAUCUGAUGGAUUGGGUGUUUCUACGUGUAUUGAGAAGAGUUUGGAAGACGCAGGAGUCGCAACCGAGGAGGUCAAUUAUAUCAACGCACACGCAACUUCAACGCUUGUGGGUGAUUUAGCUGAAGUCAAUGCAAUCAAGAAGGUCUUCAAAGAUACCUCAGAGAUCAAGAUGAAUGCAACUAAGUCUAUGAUUGGGCACUGUCUUGGAGCUGCUGGUGGCUUGGAAGCGAUUGCUACAAUUAAAGCUAUCCAAACUGGAUGGCUGCACCCAUCAAUUAACCAAUUUAACCCAGAGGAGUCGGUGACGUUCGAUACUGUGCCAAAUGUGAAGAAGCAGCACGAAGUUAACGUCGCUAUCUCAAAUUCUUUCGGCUUCGGUGGGCACAACUCCUGCGUUGUGUUUGCUCCUUACAGAGCUUGAGGAAUCAUACUACUUUUGUUGUUCCAUAGUAGAAAAUUUGGAAGCAUUUAAGUGUACUAGAUUCAAUCAUGUCAUGUAUCAGUAUGGAGGUAUGGCGAAUCAAAGAUGACAUCUUCAUUGAAGUUUCUUGCA